UAAGAAUUAUCUUGUCAAGUAUGGCAGCACGAAAGCGGAUGUUAUGUUUGUUAUAGGCACUUCUAGCAUUUGUGUUGUGAGAGGCAAAGAUCCUGCGAGAUUUCACUUCAGUUAUGAUGGGAGACGUUAAUCGGCGACAGGACCGGGCGAACCGUGAGCUUAAAAAUAUGGUUUCGGCCAACGUUUUUUAUUGUAAGAUUUGUGAUGUUCGUUGUACAUCUGAGAUGAACCUUAAAAUGCAUUUCCUUGGCUUGAAACAUAAAAAGAAUGAGGGAAGCUUUAAAAAUGUUCCUGGAACAAAAGGACAGUUUAAAAAUGCAGGAGCUAAAACGUUUAACACUGUUAAAAAAAGGGUACCAACAAUUGAUUCGCCACAUGCAUAUGGGUCAUCCCUUUUGGAACAACACAUAAGAGAUGUUGGCAUAAAUGAUCCUUUGAUUGGACUGAAAUACGUAAUUGAAUAUCAGACUGCACAAUCACCAGAUCCAACAUUCUUCUGUGGACUUUGCAAUUGCCGAGGAGGAUUUUCCUCAUUUAUGUCGCAUUUACUUGGCUAUAAGCAUAGGCUGAAUUAUAUGGGAAGAGCAUAUCCAGAUGCGUUGCAACUUGACGGAGUAAAACUGAAGCAGUCUGAAUUGAAUGCACUAGUUAAAGAAAAGGCAGAAUUUAUUGAGAAAAUUGAUGGAAGGGGCAGUGUUAAGGUUGUCCUGGAUGAUACCCCAGUUGAAUUUUCUGGAGGAAACUCUGGGAAAAGAGUUCCCGAUAACUAUGGCCAGUCACAACAUGACAACUUUGGAAGUAGUUUUAAUCAUUUUAAUUUGGAAAGUCCCAGCGUCUAUGACCCAAGAUGGAUACGAUCGCAAGAUGGACAGUCAGAUAAAUAUUCAAGACACGAGAAUUUUAGAAGUAGUUUUGGUCAGCCUGAUAACAUGGGAAAUUCUAGUUCUUAUGAAUCAAGAAUGCCUCCUUGUCACGAUUAUAGAUCAGCUGGAGAGAUGUUGCAUGAUGACUGGAGAAAACAUGUAAAAUCUGAAGAUGACUUUAUGGAUUGGAGUGAAGACAUGCGAAAUUCUGGAGAUAAUUACAGGAGAGGCGAACCACUGAGGAAUUAUCGUAAUGAUUACUCCAAAGGAUCCGAUGUUGAUGAUCGUUGGAUGCAAAGUGACUUUGAACCGUACAGAUCAUCUGAUUCCAAACUUGCCUAUACAAACGAGGAUUUUUUUGAAUAUUUGCAAAAUUUUCAAAUCACUAGUGAUAGUGACGCAAGUUUUGCCUUGAAAGUUACACAGAGUCUCACAGAUGGACUAAUGGAAUAUCGCCUCAAGACAAUGACUGGACUAAAUCAAGACAAAAGGCCUUUCUUGGAUGAGGAAUUGAGACACCUUCCCAGUAUAUCAGAUGAACAUUCAAGAUACGAAUCUCCCAUGUCACAUUCAACUUUGUCACGUCCAGCUUUAUCAGAUCCAGCACCAGGAAACACUCAGAGAUACGCUGGUAGCUCAACUAACUUUAGACCUAAAUAUAAAGUUGGUGGUGCCUGGAAAAAAGCAGUUGCAAUGCAAUCUAAAGCAAAUUUCAAAAAAACAGGUUUUCAAUCAAAUCGAAGGCCACUCAAACCAUCAACAUUUCACACCAGUCUGUCAAAAUCAAAACAUGGUGGUAUUUUGACCCCACACCUGCUUAAGGCGGUCCGUGGAAUGGAUAUUAAUAGAGCCACUAAAACCUUGGCUAAACUAUCAAAAACUAAUCCAGCACUGAAAGGUGUAAAGGUCUCUGUCUUGGUUAAUGUCCUGAUAGAGGCUGGUGUGCUGAAGAAUAUGCAGACUUAAGACCAGCACCACCUGAAUAAGUGGAGUUGGUAUUUACAUGAGAACAUCAGGAGGACUGUAAUAAAAAUUACACUUUUUUGCUUCUUGUGAGACUUUAAGCUUUAUUCAGAUUAUUAUCUUAGAAGAUGACCACUGGUAAAACUUUGAAAUUCUUCAUUAAAUUCAGUUUUUAAAAAAACCAGACUAGCUUGUAUGAAAUAAACUUUUUUCAUAUCUUUUGGGGGUGGUGAAACAUUUUGGGAUAUCAAAUGUUUUGUUGCAUUUUUCUUAAGGUUGAUGGAUGUUUCUCAAGUAUUUUUUGUUUAACAUAUUCUAUAUAUGGUAUAGACUGUUCAAUGAAACCUUGCAGCUUUGAUUCCAUUUGUAAUAAAUACUGUUGUCCAUGGUGAAA